AUGCGGCCGGCGCCCCUCGGCCCGGUGUGGCGCGGCGCCGCCCUCCGUGGGGCGCGGUCACGGCGCUGCCGCCGCCCGCUGCUGGUAACCAGGAAGCGGGAGGGCCGGGAGCGGCGAGGAUGGCUGCGGGCGGCGGUCCCGCGCAGUGUAAAAAUCAUUGCCAUGGGCCUUGUCGACCUCAUACGUGCAGCUGUCACGAUAUCCACAGCGAUAAGGAUCUAUCAACGCUACCAGGACUGUAUCCAUUUGUUGAGGACUCUGAUACCUGUGAUAUUGUCAAGGCUACGCAGUAUGGAUUACUAGAGCGAUGCAAAGAACUGGUAGAAGCAGGAUAUGAUGUUCGGCAACCAGACAAAGAAAACGUGACUCUUCUUCACUGGGCAGCAAUAAACAACAGGCAGGAGCUGGUUAGGUUUUAUAUUUCCAAAGGUGCAAUAGUGGAUCAGCUAGGUGGAGAUUUGAAUUCAACUCCACUUCACUGGGCCAUUAGGCAAGGACACCUACCUAUGGUCAUAUUAUUGUUGAAAUGUGGAGCAGAUCCCAGUCUUAUUGAUGGGGAAGGAUUCAGUAGCAUUCAUUUAGCAGUGCUGUUUCAACACAUGCCUAUUAUAGCUUACCUCAUAUCAAAAGGCCAGAAUGUAGAUACAACAGACUUCAAUGGACAAACACCUCUAAUGAUAUCGGCGCAAAAAGUGGUUGGACCAGAACCCACGAGGUUUCUCUUAAAGUUUAACCCUUCUCUCAAUGCUGUAGACAACGUUCAAAAGAAUACUGCAUUGCAUUGGGCAAUUACAUCAGGAAAUACAAGUGCUGUGGAUCUGUUGCUGGAAGCUGGUGCUAGCAUGGACAUAAAAAAUGUCAAGGGAGAGACACCGCUUGACCUUGCUUGUGAAACUCAGAAUCGCUUCAUUGUUUAUAUGCUGACUGAGGAAGAAAGAAUGAGAAGCAGAAAAAAUUGCAGGUUACUGAGAAUAGUAGAGAAGUAUGAGCUUUUCCUGCUGUUGGCAUCUUCCUUGACGUUGAUGUGGGCCGUGGGAUAUAUAAUGGACUUAAGUUCUGAUUCUUGGCUUUUGAAAGGAAGUCUACUUCUCUUGAUACUUUUUGGAAUGACUGUGUUCAUGAGGCGAUUUGUGGGGCUCAGGAAUCUAAGGUAUCUUCCUACAGCAUUUAUGCUAAGUUCAGUUUUUUGGAUGUCUCUGACCUGGUUUGUCUGGUUCCUGCCUGUGCAUGUAGCCAACACAAUUCUCCAAGUUACUGUUGUGUUCAGCAUAGUGGGUCUUCUUUAUUAUUUCUAUAAGACUUGGAAAACUGAUCCUGGAUACGUUAAGACUUCAGAAGAAGAAAAAAAAGAGAACAUUGUUGCUCUUGCAGAAGCAGGUUGCUUGGACUUCAGAACGUUUUGCACAUCGUGUCUUGUAAAGAAGCCUUUGAGAUCUAUGCAUUGUCUUGCCUGCGAUUCCUGUGUAGCCAAAUAUGAUCAGCAUUCUCUAUGGAUUGGACAGUGCAUAGGCAUUGGCAACCAUCAUUAUUAUGUGUUGUUCCUGUUUUUCCUAACUAUGACUGGUGUCUGGCUGCUUUAUGGAACUCUUCUGUAUUGGUCAAACCACUGUGCAACAAGUUAUCGUCAAGAUGGAGCAUGGACUUACUUCACACAGAUAAUAUAUUGUUCUCCAUGGGUUUUCUAUAUCUUCCUGCUAGCCUGUUUCCAUACUGUGUGGGCUUCAUUGUUGCUAAUUAUUCAGCUUUAUCAGAUUACAUUUCUGGGACUGACCUCACAUGAAAGAAUGAACCUCAUGAUACAGAACAAGUCAUCUAAGCACCCUGUUUCACUCAGGAGAACUCCAUACAAUCUUGGAUGCUUCCAGAAUCUUGCAGAUUUUUUUCAGUGUGGGUGCCUUGGCAUGUUCAAACCCAAUGUAAUUGAUUGGACCAAACAGUACAAUCUCUUUCAUCUGGCAAAGGAGAAAAAUCUUCAUUCUGUGUGAAGAAAAAGUAUUGCUGAAUUUCUAAAACAGCUGAGCUGAAAGCUAAAUAAAACUGAGUAUUCUUUAAAUCUUUAUAAAUUCUUCUGGAAGUGGCUUGUUUUAAUUUUUAUUAUUGUUUUAAAUAGUAAACCUACAUUGCAUAAGCUGCAGCAGGUUUGAAUAUGAAACAAUCACUGUACGUCUGUAUAUGUAGUUUCAGCUGAAAUUAUGUAGGAAAUACGUGAUUGAAAUGACACAGAGAAUGUAUUUUUUUACAAGGUAAGGGGGGGUUUUUGGCAGAUUUUCAAAACCUUAUUGGUACCCUUUGCUUUGUUUUGCAGAUUGUUUAAACAAAGACAAUUAAGGGAAACAUUGAAUUGUUUAAAAAAAAAUCUAAUAUUACAACUACAUUAUAAUUUUAUUGCUUGCCUUAUGUUGUGAAAAUGUCUAAGAUCUUUUUUGUAUUUGGGGGGGGCUACAUGUAAUAAAACAGAACUUUUAUGCUUUUAA